UCACUUUCUUCGUAGCCAUCGUGUCGAAAGGACGCUUCUGCAUCGGCGCCCGAUUUUCGUUUCGUCGACCGACUUUGCCAUCCUCAAAAGUAGCCAUGAAGUCUAUAGUUGGCGCCACCCGUCUGCUCAUCCUCGCAGUCGCCGUCACAACCAUGCUGCUACUGGCGGCUCCACUUGUAGCUGAAGGCGCGGCCAGGCAGUUCUGCUCGCCCAAUGGGGAUGUGUGUUUUGGACCCCUGGAUUGCUGCUCCGGCCAGUGCGUCAACGCGGUGUGCUGUGACGAGUACCUGGGCACUUGCCCCUUUGAUUACCUAGGUGGUCCCUUCUGGAAGCAAAAUUCGAAUGCCAUCACCACCAUGGUGACCACGCCCGAGCCGGAAGGAUCUUCAACAACCCCUACCACCGAGAGCGUCACUCAGGAGGAGGAGGAGCCCGAAGAGUCCUCGACGGAGGAGUCUCGGUAGACAGUCACUCUGGUGCCGACAACGCAUAUGCUGCGCUGAAGAUCCAUUGCAUGUACAUAACUGCAAUUUACAAACAAGGCUGUUUAUGCCACUGAUGACUUGUUUCGUUUUUAAACACAUUUGGUAUCUCU